AUGGCGACCGCUCCCUCCCUCACCCUCUCCGACUACCUCGAGAAGCAGCCCGGCACCAGCUUCCGCCGCCUCUACCAGCAGCCAUCCACCACCCUCGCCAUCUUCCGUCGCAUGCUGACCCCCCUCGCCAAGACCUUUGUCCGCAUGAUGCUCUACCUCGAUGGGCCGCUGCUGCUGGACACGCUCGACACCAUGGUCGCCCCGGACGCGAAGCGCCAAAAGGACCAGGCCCUGUCGAUUCUGCGGUCGCUCCACGUUGUGCAGAUCACGCCCGCCGUGCGCGACAAGCCCCAGGAGAUUAUGCUGACGGCCAACUUCAAGAACUCGUUCCGGCUCGCGCUCGAGGGCGGUGGGCGGCAAAACAGCUUCGGCGUGCCGAGCGAGAAGCCCGUGUCGGCCGACAUUGACAUUCCCUUUCUCGACCGGUUUGCGCGGCGCAAGUGGGAGGACAUUCUGCACUACGUCGUGAACAGCGUCGGCAUCCCGGGGUCGGGCAGCACCUUCGAGGGUGGCAGCGGCGGCGGCGGCGGCGGCAGCGGCGGUCCCAAGAGCACGGUCAAGGAUCUGCUGCUGGCCGGCCGUCUGGUGGAGCGGCGCACGGGCAUGCCGGGGGGCGUGGGCAUCACCCAGACGGGCUUCACGUUCUUGCUGCAGGCCGCCAACGCACAGGUCUGGACGCUGCUGCUGCAGUGGCUCGAGGCCGUCGACCAGCACCACGCGUCGUCGGACGGCGGCACCGUCGACAGCGUGGACAUGCUGUCCUUUUUGUUUAUGCUGUCGACGCUCGAGCUCGGACGCGCGUACGACACCAACGCCUUGACGGAGCCGCGCCGCGACAUGCUGCCCUCGCUCAUGGACUUUGGCCUCGUCUACAUCCCGCCGCACGAGCGCGCCUCCCAGUACUUUCCGACACGGCUGGCGACCACGCUGACGGGCGGUGGCGAUGCCGACGCCGCCGGUGCCGGUGCCGGUGGCGGUGGCAGUGGCAGUGGCAGUGGCGGCGGCGGUCUUCGCAGCGUCAAGGCCGGUUUUGCGGCCGCCACGGCCGACAGCGUCGCCGCCGCCGGCCUGCCCCCCGUCUCCGGGGUGGACGCGCCGGCCGCCCGCAAGGGGCAGGGCAGCAUCAUCAUGGAGACCAAUUUCCGCAUGUACGCCUUCACCUCGUCGCCGCUCCAAAUCGCCGUCCUCGCCCUCUUUGUCAAGCUCAACCACCGGUUCCCUGGCAUGGUCGGCGGCAAAAUGUCCCGCGAGUCCAUCCGCCGCGCCAUCUCGUACGGCAUCACCUCGGACCAGAUCAUCUCGUACCUGGCCGCCAACGCCCACGAGCAGAUGCACCGCUACGCCGCGGCCAACCACCGCCCCGUGCUGCCGCCCACCGUCGUCGACCAGAUCCGCCUGUGGGAGCUCGAGAACGAGCGCAUGAAGUCGAGCAAGGGGUUCCUCUUUAAGGAUUUCGACACCCCGCGCGAGUACGAAACGAUGGCCCAGUACGCCGACGAGAUUGGCGUGCUGGUCUACCGCAACGACAAGAAGCGGCACUUUUUCGUCACGAAGCACGAGCAGCUCGUGGCCUACCUCAAGGCGCGGAAGAAGGCAGAGGCCUAG